AUGAAAUACUCAUGCACCGAAAAUGAUUCGAGGAGCACUUCACCAGGGAUGCGUCACGAGUCUAGGAGAGAAUAUUACGGUGUGAUGCCUUGCCAUCCGGUAGAAGUUGCCACUAUAGGUCCUCUCAACAAGGCUGAGGCUCUCUUAGGCAAUCAGAUCAUUGAGACCGCAACAUGCAGCAACUUUUCCUCGUCCUAUGCUAUAAUCAAAUCAAUAUGCGUCUCUUGGACGAAUACUCUUUCACCACCACGACUCAAGUCAUGGUAUUCAACCACCACACAUUCACCACCUCAUGAACUAGCUAACAUGCUCAGCUAUCUAAUUCAACCCUCUCUCGAUUCUCCUAAUUUCCCAUUUCCUAUGCCAGCCUGUUGGUUCAGCGUUUGGAUCACGCUCGUUUACUGUGGCGUCCGCUUCAGGCUCCGACUUCGGAAUAGUAUCCGCGCGACGAAGUUUCAAACGCCUCCCGCUGCCUUUGAGUUCUGCAAAGAUACGACAACCCAGCACACUCUCUACCUGCAAAUCUACUUGUUUGACUACCCAGUCGUCCCACAUACCGAAGUCAAUCAAGUCACCUACAUUAGACAUUCCCACCUCUUAUUUCAUUACUGCAUUUUACUGGCCUGGUCUGUGACCCCAUUCCUAUCAACAUUUCUGUCGUGGUUUGGACAAUACGAUAUUUAUCACUUGUCUCCAGCAUACUUUUGCACAUACUCUUCAGAAUACCUUGACCCCGGCCACUCUUUUUUUGGGGCAGUAGCAGAGCACAGAAUCCUCCAAGAAAUUGGGUUUGGACUCCCACAUACUUUGGCCUCUUGCGGGGUUUGUUUCGAUAGCGCAUCCGCGCACAUUGCCACCGGAGCCAGCGAGUUUGGCCCGGACACUGCACAUACCUUGACUACAUUCAAAAUCUGUUUCGGCACCGGCAGCACAUCCGUACACAUCAUUCCGCCCAAUUCCAAUUUUCGGCACUCGAAGCUUCAGUCUCAGCUUUCAGCCCUAUCCUCCACUCCCCCAUAUCGACUUAGACAGCGUCAUCGCGAGCUCCUGAGCCGCUUAUUAAGUCUAUUGUCUUAUUUGGUACAAUACGAGGAUCCUACAACACUAGAGGCACCAAAUACGAUUGUUCAUACUCUAUUCGGUCUCCUCUGCAACCAAAACUCCAACGCACACGGAACUCUAGCAUACCCUUCCAACCAAGUCGAAUCCGCCAAGUCCAACUCUAACCCACAAGGCCAUGAUUCAUCUUCAUUCAAUUGCCACAGGUACGACAUCCCGUCCCCAUACCCCAGGCUGUGUUUGCAUAUCCCUCCGAAGCAGGUCUUCGAAAGAACAUACGACGUCUACACGAUGACAUCCAGCACGCUAAGUCUUGACAAUUCGUCUUCCCCCCCGGGCCUCACCGCUCAAGUCGGGAGCUCGCCCGGCCCAGCCAAUCUUAGUUCGAACAUCGAUCUCAACUUUACUUCAACUCCCGCCCUAACUGCAACUCCAACUUCAGGCCCAACUCUAUGGCCAGUUAGCAGCAACCCCAACACUAACGCCAACCCACGCCUCACCCCAGGCCCCUUCACUAUCUCCAGCCCUCUGACCUCCCCAACCCCAAACGCCUCAGCCUCAUUCUCCGUAAUGGAUUGUUCCGCCAACCCACGCAGCUUCGCUAUUGUCCAAAUCCACACAGCGAAAUGCGCAAUCUGCGACUCGCGCAACAUGGCACUCAUGCGGCGGUGUCCAGGCUGCACAUAUCAAGUGUGUCAGCCAUGCUUCAACGCUCGCGGAACGAUGCCCUUGUACCAUGGGAACUUAAGUGCGGGAUCUAGUAUGGGGGGUUUGCCAGUUACGCCCGUGAGGAGGCUUUUGUUUGGUGGGUUGGGUGCUGGGUCAGGAUCGGGAGUAGGAGUGCAUGUGGGUUCGAGUUCGACGCCGGGAUCUGGUGACAGGGCUGCUAUUAUCGCUGGUAGUGACGCUGCCACUGCUUUAGUGAUUUCGAACCCAAGUGGCAACAGGAGUCGUAGUAGCGGUGUAUCUCUGGCCCGAGACACUCCAAUGCAAGACGCGGAUUCAGCUCUUCCAGAAAUCUCUCUCGCACUCGGCUCAACCUCUGCUCACCUACCUACCUCCGCCGCUGGACUGAAAACCAGCAAACGAGGCCGUGUACUCAAAGAAAAAGCACCUGUCAUCGACGACUCGUCCGACGCCUUUGACGACGCGGACACCUUUGAAUGCGAGAUGAGUUCGCCACCAACGCCGGCUCCAAAGCGGCGAAAGACAGCAACCACGACUGCUGCCGUUGCGGAGAAGGGGACUAAUCUUAUGGCUGCAAGAGAAAUGACUCGGACUCCUACGCCAAAGAAGCGUCGCUCAAGCAAAACUUCACUAAAGCAACAAACGGCCAUGCCUGGCCUCAGCAGCUUUACUCCUCUGCCUCACUCAGAUCUCCCACUCGCGUAUGUCGAAGGCCAACCCGACACAAUCUUGCGCAUGCCCUCGACCGUCCCUUCAGUUGACAAUGCGGAACCCCCAGAAUGCCGUCCGUUGGAUGACAUGUUGGCCGAAGACAUGAUCGAAGAGAUUCGAAAGCAGAACAAGACGAGGGGAUACAGGCAAGGGCAACAUAUUCUGGGUCGAUACGAGACUGAGCUGGUCAGCAACCCCGUGAUCCAAGUGCCGGAGCUCGUGCGUCGGAAGUUUAAGCCGCGUCCAAGGGCCGAGGAGAUACAGAAGAAUAUUCAAGAGAAGGUGAAGGCGAGGCUGGAGGCACAAUGGGAGGCUGAGCAUACUGGAAAUGUCAGUCAGAUUCAAAAGCAUCCGAAAUUUGCGAGAGUAUGUACUAACUUGCUUGUGCAGGCGAACACUGGCUUCCAAGAGAGUGAGAUGGCCUCAAGUCCCGUGGCUCCGGCUAAGCCAACUGUGCGCGCCAUCGUCCAGGCCACGGCUCUGAGACUCCAACGUGACAUCUCUCUGACUGCUGAACAAGAGAAACGUCUGCUCGUCACGAUGAACGAAGCUGCCCGGAAGAUGACGAACAAGUUCUACGACGAGUCAGCGGAAAUGGUUCGACAAUUUAUAGACUUUUCUGUUGACAUGCCAACCGAGAACCUGGGAAGCCGGCAAGUGCAAGAGCUCACCCAGGCGGUCGAAGAGGAAGGUGCUCGCAUCAUUAAGAAUCUUGAGGCUGCUCCACUGCCUACCCCUCGCAAGACGGCCCCGUUCGGUGGGAUAUCGAUGCCAAGCCCUGGUCCUCUGCCACCAAUUGGCUUCUUCACAGUCUCUCCAACCAAGAGCAAACAUGGCAGCUCGAGGGAUCGAACUCAGCCGAGGAGAAGCCCGCUUUCUCUGAACCCUCAUGUGCCUGAAAACAGAGCUAUCACAAAUAUUUCCGUGGUAAGAAGGCCCAAUAUCAUUCCACACAACGUCAGUUUUUGCGCCAGUAUCAAAAUAACCAAAUUGGAGGACAAAAGCCGUUGUGCGAUAUGCAACAGCGAGCCUGGCGCAAUGGAUACAUUUUCUGAUUGUACCAUGAUUCGACUUGCUGGAUUGGCUGCCCCUCACGAUUGCGAUUUCAACGACAUUGUGCUUCCGGUGAAGACGACGUGGAUCAUUUUGUCAUGCUAUGACGAAGGGUUUAUUUCAGUAGAUCGAUAUGCGGCUUCCUUUCUUGCGUUUACGGUUAGCUGGGGUGAACUGAGUCAGGGUGUUCGUGUCAAGUCUGGAAAUGAGGGAUGUGCCAGGCGAGACGAAGCGGAUAGAUAG